AUGCCAAGAGAAACUAUUGCUUGGUGUGCUGCACAUUUCCUGUCCACCACACACCUAUUUCAUCAUUUCCCGCUCCUGAUAAUCUUCAGGGCAAAGUUCACACCACAUCCUGCUUGUGAGCAUGUCGCAUGGAGAGUAUGAUUUUUUUUCAAAGUGAAGGUGAGGUGGACCGUGAUGACAUUGGUGAAGAGCGGCCAUACUAGUCCAGACCCUCCCCCGACACUCCCUGUGUUUUGUGACUCGACGACAACCGAAAACUAUGGAAUGAAAGAAAUGUUUAAAGCUUAGUAUCGACAGUAAUGUUACCUGUUUGCUGCCUGUCCACGAGGCAUGCGCAUGCCAGAGCCCACCCGGAGUGGUCGAUUGCGUCAAUGGACAGAUGCUGGCAGCAGAAUCUUUCCCGGAGAGACAAGAGCAGUUUCCUCACCCGUGACACGUCCAUACCUGCGAUAUAAAGCCAGAUAAACCAGCCCUCGGGAUGGGUGGCUUGGUACCCGUGCUACUUAUUAUCCUACCCGUACCUGUUCUGGCUUCGCUGGCAGUCAACACAUCGAGUCUCAACGUGAGCAUAGGUGUGAUCUGGGCGCCAUUAGAAAGCAGUUUCACGGUGGAGGCAGUGAACAGAACUCUCUACGAGUCGCUCAUCUCCAAUCGCCAAGUUACAAUAUUACAAGAAAAUGAGAUCCUCAGGUUCUAUGUAAAUGAAUAUCAGCAGAGCACUAAAUGGUGGGUUUUCGUGGAUCUGAGAGAGUAUGUGUGCCCAGAGGACAUAUUCCAGGCAAGGGUUUUGUCCUACAUCAGUGUGACCCAGUUUUCCUGUCCCCGCCUCACCAACACCACCAGAAGGGUGUGGACCACCCUGGACACUCGGACCUUUGACCGCUGGCGUCUACUAGCUGACCUCACGGACACAGCAAACAAGACAACUGGCUCGUUGGCGCUGUUCUUUGAUGUGACAGGGGAAGAGUACGUGCUUGAGAGAAGCUCCUCACUGCGCCUGCCACUGGUCUUUGAGAUCAACGUGGCCCUGGUGGACUGUCAGGCCACAGAGCAGCUGAAGAACCUGACGGCCAAGACUGAGAUCAGGAACGUGCUGGUCAUUGCCCGCAAUGAGUGCAUCUCAGAGCUUCUACGACAGGCCGGGGACCUUCAGCUGAUGUUCGGCAGAUAUCGAUGGCUUCUCAAGCCCACUGAUGGCCGCCUUCCUGUCUGCCCUUUGUGCACUCAUGUCAACGGUGUUGUUAUCAUUGAAGAAAAUCGUCCAGAAAACUUGGGUGUCACAAGGUUAGAAAAGAUUUUGAACUUUGUAGACGAUGCACUAUCUAGACUAGAUGACAAUAUUUCCCACUCGGAAGAAAGCAUUUCUCGUGGAGACUCUACCCAAGGUGUUUGUGAAGACUACAUUGAACUGUUUAAAGAGAAAAUGACGAAGGCUGAAGGUGAAAAAUCUAUGGUCUUCUUCGCUAAAAGUGAAGAAAAGCAGUCAAUUAAGUUCAACAUAUUACUAAUGGCCAACCUCAAUGAUUCUCAGGCCCCUGUGUGGUCGGAAAGACUUGGACUACAACGAGGGUCCAGCAGCCUCUUUCCUCACAGCAACGCCGACAUCGUCCUCCGGGCUGCUGUGGUCAUUGAGCCGCCAUUCGUGUUUCCUAAGGGAAUGAACAACAACUCUAGUUACACGGGCUACAGCCUGGAUGUUCUUCAGCGUAUUUCUGAAAUAGUGGGUUUCUCCUACGUUGUGAAAGAAUGUAAAAGCAAUGAUUACGGUGUCCUCAACAGUGAGAACCUCUGGACUGGGUGCAUUGGCAGUGUGGUGAGAGGGGAGGCUGAUGUGAUAGUAGGCGCCCUGACAGUGACAGCUGCGCGGGAAGAAGUUGUGGACUUCACAUUGCCCUACUAUGACUUCGCAGGCAUCCAGAUUCUGAUGAAGAAACCCGAUGCCAGCAUCAACCUCUUCUACUUCGCCGACGUCUUCACGCCAGUUGCGUGGCUCUGUCUCUUCGGUGUUAUUUUCCUUACCAGCUUCCUCUUGUACAUGUUCGAGAAGUUUUCGCCUAGCAACGAGCUCCAACAGUCAUCCGGAAGUGACGACAACGGCUUGCCAAGAGCGUUCAAUUUGAAGGAGAGCAUCUGGUUUGUGAUUGGCUCCGUUACUCUGGCAGGUGGCGGGGAGCCUCCACGGAGCCUUGCGUCUCGUCUGCUCGUGGCCGGCUUCUGGUUUUUCUCGGUCGUCAUCAUGUCCACCUUCACGGCCAACCUUGCCGCCUUUCUCACCGUGUCGAGAAUGGACACAGGUAUCGCCUCGCUGGACAAACUGGCCGCACAGAGUGACAUCAGGUACUCCGUGGUGAGGGAGUCUAACGUGAUGGCCUACUUCGAACACCAAGCCACCAUUGAAAAAAACUUCUACGAACUGUGGAAGAACAUGUCUCUCGGCGGGACCUCAAAGUACAAGACCCCAUCUGGAACGGGAGAUGAAAAGAGUCUGGCAGUGUGGGACUAUCCCCUUGGUGACAAAUUUGGAAAUAUGUGGAGCGCCAUGCAAAGCACAGGACUUUUGAACUCGACUCAAGAAGGUCUAGAGAAAGUUCUGGAGGGCAACUUCGCCCUCAUUACAGAGUCUCCUGUCAUCAAGUAUCUGACCUUCCAGGACUGCUCCCUGACGGCUGUGGGCGACCAGUUCAGCAUCAGACCUUACGCCUUUGCUCUGAAGGAAAAAUCUUUAUUCACCUCCAAAUUUACUGAUGCCAUCUUGCAGCUUCAGAAGGAAAGAGAACUCGAGUCUCUCAAACGGAAGUGGUGGGAUGACCGGAAGGUGUCAUGCCCAGUGGAAUCCAGUGACCAAGGCCUUGACCUGUCUUCUCUCACAGGAACUUUCAUCGUCAUGGGCGGUGGUCUGUGCCUGGGUCUGCUGGUACUUGGAGUGGAAUGUCUCAUCAGUCGACGCCGCCAUCUUCUGCGCGCGGGGACCAGUAGGAGGCCAGAAAAAGAGACAGAAGGUGCCACCCAGGGUGCACAGCACGUGACGAUCUGCACAGACACACAGCAAACAUCACCACAGUCGACCACCUCGUUGCGGAACGCGAGAUGAUGAAGCAGCUAGAGAUGACACAUUCCAUGUGACCUGAUCGUGAUACCACGUGACUUGAUCAUGUGACCAAGGCCAGUGGUUCCUCAUGUCUGUGAAAAAGACUGAGAUAAACUUUUUCUUUAAAAUAAUGACAUUUUUGUAAUUAGGAUGAAUAAGUAGGAGAUAUGUUUGCACUGAUCUGUUCACAACACACCUUUUAGAAUAUUAAUACAUGAGUAGUAUCGGGCAGCAGUUUCGAUUUAAAUCUGUUCACUCACCUCUCUCUGGCUCAAUGAAAAUCACUUCGAGACCGACCCUUCACCCUUUAAUAUUCUCUCUGCGAAUGUUUACAGAGGAUAAAACUUUGCCCACAGAAAGUUUCAAUCUUAAAGACAUUUUCCUCAGUUCUUGCAAUAAUGAUGCACAUCUUCAAGCCACAAUGUCACUUUUUAUUACAGUUUAGAGUUGUUGUAAGCUUUCUGUAUGAAGGUUGGUCAAUAGAGAGUUUAUUCAUAUAACUGUCAGAAAACUACAUUAUAUAGAAAAAAGGAUUUGAAAUAAACAUAAAACUUAUAUUGAA